CUCUCCAUCUUUCUCUCCAAAUCUACAUAAACGCAUUAGCCAAAUUAAAUUAAAGGCCAUCGGUCAUUUUAUAUAUAAUUCACCGGUGAGAAACGAACAAUGGCGCCGCCAUGUGGCGUUUCUGCUUCUCCGUCAAACGAACGUGUCCUGCAGCCAACAAUGAUGCCUGUACAGCCUCCUGCAGCAGGAUCAAUGAUGAUGCAAAAAGACGCGAUAAUAUCGUGGUUUCGUGGCGAAUUCGCAGCUGCUAACGCGAUAAUUGACGCCUUGUGUGGUCACCUUGCACAACUUGAAGGUGGAAAAUGCGAAUACGAAUCUGUGUUCGCAGCCAUACACCGACGUCGACUGAAUUGGAUCCCAAUUCUUCAGAUGCAAAAGUACUUUUCUAUUGCUGAUGUCACUCUUGAGCUACAAAAAGUCGCUGAUCAACACAAAAUUAAAAUGAUGACGAAAGAUCAAGUAGUCGAGGAGAUAAUAUUGGAUUCUUCCCCGGCUCCUUUGGAAGAAAUUGAAGAUAAAGAUAAUAAAAGUGAUGAUGAAAGGUUAGCGGUCGAGUGUCACGACGAAACCAAUGGACAUGUCGACGCUGAGGUGGCCGAUGUCGAUAUCACGACGACACAUGAUUCACCAAAGAAUGUGAUCACAGAUUCAGCAGAAUCGCAUGAAAUUCAAUCAUUAGCUGAAAACAAUGAGAUUUGUUUUAAACAAGAAGAAGAAUGGGAGGCUCGACGUGCUCAGAUCAAGAUGACAAAAGGGUUCGUAGCCAAGGAGUCUGUAAAAGGACAUAUGGUGAAUGUGGUAAGAGGUUUGAAGUUGUAUGAUGACAUAUUUAACGAUACUGAGCUAUCUACGUUGAGUGAUUUUGUGACUGAAUUACGAGUUGCUGGACAGAAUGGAGAACUCUCAGGCGAGACGUUUAUAAAGUACAACCAACAGUCGAAAGCAAUCAAGAGAGAACUGAUUCAGUUUGGAGCUCCUAUUUUUGGUCAGAUAAAAGAUGAGGCUACAGCUAAAUCCCAAGAUAGCCACAUAGAGCCGAUACCAGCUCCUCUUGAAGAUGUCAUUGACCAUCUCAUUCAGUAUCAUCUGAUUUCUGAAAACAGACGACCAAAUAGCUGCAUCAUUAGCUUUUUUGAUGAGGGGGAAUUUUCACAGCCUUUUUUGAAACCACCUCAUCUAGAACAGCCUAUCUCCACUCUGUUUCUGUCUGAAUCAACCAUGGCUUUCGGGCGUACACUAGUCUGUGAUAAUGAUGGAAACUAUAAGGGACCGCUCAUGCUUUCUCUAAACAAAGGAUCAGUUUUAGUAAUGAGAGGAAACAGUUCUGAUAUGGCACGCCACGUCAUGUGUCAGUCUCCAACUAAGAGAAUCAGUGUUACAUUCUUUAAAGUCCGGAUAGAAACAUCGGAAAAUAUUUCAUCACCAACAGCUCCUACAACACAAGCUAUGACAGUUUGGCAGCCGAACCAUGUUCCAAAUGUUAAAGGCCUUGAUACAGCUAGUGUGGUCCCCAAAUGGGGUGUUCUUCGUGCACCACAACUACUUAUGUUAGCCCCAGUUCAACCAAUGGUCAUGAGCCCAAGAAGGUUACCACGUGGUGGGACCGGAGUUUUCUUACCAUGGACAGCCGGGUCAAGAAAAUCUGUAAAGCAUCUACCUCCUCGAGCACAAAGAGGACGUCUACUAGUAUCAGAAACACAUAGAGUCGAGCCCGCCCCAGAUUUGGGCAUCAGUGUUGCCUGAGAAGAUCUAAACCAAACCCGAUCUUGUUUUACUACUCAUUUCAGAUUCGAUUACUUGCUUCCUUGCAGCUAAAGCAAGAAUUUGGAGUUCACUUUCGUGAUUAAUUAGAGUUUCGGUUAUUUUAGAUGUCAAUGUUAAUCACCAUAGAGUUUUAUAGGUAGUUAAGUUAAAAGGUGUGAAUCUAUAUUAGCCUUAUAAACAGUUUUAUACCACUACGCAUCUUUUUCUA